GUUGGGCGAUAAACAGGCUGUGGCUAGGGAGGAGGGGUGGGAGGGUUUGUUCCGUUGGGACUUUUCAUGCCCUUUUAUUUCUUUAGGUGUGGUUAGGUUCAGCAGCCUGAGCGAGCGUAUUCUCUUGUGAAAGGGGAUUAAGAAGCUCCCGCGGAGAGCGGUCGGAGUUGCGGAGGGGUGCGAGACAGGAAUUCUCCCCUAUGCCAGCGAAAUGGUGCGGCCCUGAGCUGUUUCACUACCCGGCCCGACGAGUCUGAGAGAGGCCCCGGAGGGGGCAGGGAGGCGGCCCGCAGAACGCGGGUCCUGUGAAGAGACGUGGAGAAGAUUCGAUUUGGAGAAGAGGAAGAGCCCGAUUGAAGGGGAGCGAGGCCGCUGAGGGGGAGGGGGCUGCCAAGAUGGCGUCGUCCUCCUCUGGGCCGUCGGCGGCCGGCGUUUCAGCCUUGGAUCCCGCGGUCUCUUCCGGCGCCUCUUCCUCAGGUUUCAACUUUCUGUGCUGUGGGGUCAACCGUAAGAGAGCAUCAGGAAUCAAGAGAUCCAUGCCGUCUGAGGUUCCUUAUGCCUCUGGCAUGCCCAUCAAGAAAAUAGGCCACCGAGGUGUUGAUUCCUCAGGAGAGACGACGUAUAAAAAGACAACCUCAUCUGCCUUGAAAGGUGCCAUCCAGUUAGGCAUUACUCACACUGUGGGAAGCCUGAGUACCAAACCAGAGCGUGAUGUCCUCAUGCAAGACUUCUAUGUUGUGGAGAGUAUCUUCUUCCCCAGUGAAGGGAGCAACUUGACCCCUGCUCAUCACUACAAUGACUUUCGGUUCAAGACCUAUGCACCUGUUGCCUUCCGUUACUUUCGGGAGUUAUUUGGUAUCCGGCCUGAUGAUUACUUGUACUCUCUUUGCAGUGAGCCGCUGAUUGAACUCUGCAACUCUGGAGCUAGUGGUUCCCUCUUCUAUGUGUCCAGCGAUGAUGAAUUCAUUAUUAAAACGGUUCAGCAUAAAGAAGCGGAGUUUCUGCAGAAGCUGCUUCCAGGAUACUACAUGAACCUCAACCAGAAUCCUCGCACUUUGCUGCCUAAAUUCUAUGGACUGUACUGUGUGCAGGCAGGUGGUAAGAACAUUCGAAUUGUGGUGAUGAACAAUCUCUUACCACGGUCGGUCAAGAUGCACAUGAAAUAUGACCUCAAGGGCUCAACCUACAAACGGCGGGCUUCCCAAAAAGAGCGAGAGAAGCCUCUCCCCACCUUUAAAGACCUGGACUUCUUACAAGAUAUUCCAGAUGGUCUUUUUUUGGAUGCUGACAUGUACAGUGCUCUGUGUAAGACCCUACAGCGUGACUGUUUGGUGCUGCAGAGCUUUAAGAUAAUGGACUAUAGCCUCUUGAUGUCAAUCCAUAACAUAGAUCAUGCACAGAGAGAGCCCUUAGGCAGUGAAGUGCAAUCCUCAGCUGACACUCGCAGACCAGCCCCCCAAAAGGCUCUCUAUUCCACGGCUAUGGAAUCUAUCCAGGGCGAGGCUCGGCGAGGUGGCACCAUGGAGACUGAUGACCAUAUGGGUGGCAUCCCUGCCCGCAACAGUAAAGGGGAAAGGCUGCUGCUUUAUAUUGGGAUCAUUGACAUUCUCCAGUCUUACAGGUUUGUUAAGAAGUUGGAGCACUCUUGGAAAGCCCUGGUACACGAUGGGGACACCGUAUCAGUGCAUCGCCCAGGCUUCUAUGCUGAACGGUUCCAGCGCUUCAUGUGCAACACAGUGUUCAAGAAGAUACCCCUGAAACCCUCUCCUUCCAAAAAGUUUCGGUCUGGCUCAUCUUUCUCUCGGCGAGCAGGCCCCAGCGGCAACUCCUGCAUUACUUACCAGACAUCGGUCUCUGGGGAGCACAAGGCACAAGUGACAACCAAGGCGGAAGUGGAGCCAGGCGUCCACUUCGGUCGUCCUGAUGUUUUACCUCAGACUCCACCUUUGGAGAAAAUCAGUGAGGUCUCGACUCUUCCUGACCCCUAUUUCUCACCUGUAGUUGGAGAGACUUUGCAAAUGCAAACUACAAGUUCAGCCCUCUUGGAAAAGCCUGAAGUUGCAGAGUCAGAGUUCACCCAUUGAGCAGAAAAAUUCAGAAGACCUGGAACAAGAUUCUGCCAGCUUGGUGAUCCCAAGAAGCCAGCCCUUGCCCCAGCAAUGCUGAAUUUUCUUCUUCGUGGUCAUCACAAAAGGAAUAUAAUGGAGGCUGGGGGAGCUCUCUGCCUCCUUCCUGAAGAAGAACCUCUUCUCCUUCCCCUUCCUUAUGAAUGGGCACCAGUGCCUCGGACAGUUGAGGACAGCAACAUCUUCUCCACUUCUGAAUUAGAUGGCACAAGUUUUCAAGGGGCCAGCCUUGGCUUCCACAACUGCAUUGUUUUCAAACCCCCAUUCUUCCUGCUGGAAGUGGGGUUGCUGGAUUUGGUGGUUUUCUUCCUCUUCAUCUACCGUUCACCAGGAGCUGGACUCUUAAAUUUCCUCAGGCAGACUGGCUGGCACAUUAUCUCCACCUUCUCGCUUUCUCUGGAAGAAGAUCCUUGUAAUCUCUGUUAAGGUUUUGGGGAUAAGGGUGUUAAGCCAAAUCCCACCUUAAUUUUUUUUUUUUUUUUAAUU